UAGGCCCGGUAGCCUUUAAGGUUCUCUAUCCUUCUCCUUUAAAGGCAAUGCAUUCAUUUGCAAUUGAACGCAACACCCUGCCUCUAUAAAUAGUAAAGUUUCUAACCCCCAGAAAAAGACUGUGAGUUUUAAGAUCCUCUAAUUCCAAAAAAAAGGAAUUUUGUCGACCUAUUCUCCAUACUCCUUCAACUCAAAGGAAAUCAUAUGAAUUAAACCCAUCUAUCUAGCACAAAAUGGAAUGAAAUAUAUUAUUGUUUUUAGAUACGGGCGCCUAAUGAUAUAUGCCGUAUGCCAGUUAAUCAUCAGCUUAUCUGGUUGUAUCGUGGCCAUCACUCCCACGUUUUUGCUCUUCUGCUUUACGAGAUUCUUCGAAGGCGCCGGUUCUGGCGGUGCAAUCGUCGCCGGCUACGUACUGAGCGUGGAAUUCUGUGGUACCGACUACCGCCCGACCGUGUCUACAUUCCUUCACAUCGCCUCUAACUUGGGACUCGUCGCUCUGGCCGGCAUAUCUUACGUACUAAGAAAUUGCGAUCAAUUCCAACUAGCGGUCUCUGUGCCUGUCAUAUUCUGUGUCAUCAUAAAAUUCUUGCUCUUGGAGUCGCCGAAAUGGUUAAUGGACAAGAACAAGAAAGAGGAGGCGAUUAAAGUCAUGGAGAAGAUUUGUCGCUUCAAUAAAAUACCCUACGAUACGGUCAGAGCUGAGAUUGAAACAUACCUUUCAUCGCAAAGUGACAUAAAAACACAGAAUAUGAAAUUUUACCACAUUUUUAAAUAUAAAAGCCACACUAAGAAUUUUUCUGUUAUGGCGUAUCUUUAUUUCGUUUGUGGGAUGUGCUACUACGGAGUUUCACAGUUCAUAGGAAAAAUGACCCCAAAAGUUCAUAAAAAUACAGUGAUCAAUGGAGCUUUAUUAAUGUUAGGGUCCUUUGUUAGCAUAUUUGUAGUAAAUAGGUUCGGGAGAAGACCAUUCCUUAGAACAACUAUGUUUCUAGCUGGUGUGUUCAUGUUAAUCGUAGUUUUUGUGCCAGUAACUUUCAAACCUUCUUGGGUAAGAACAAUGUUUGCUUGUUUUUCUAAUUCUUGCUAUUAUACGUCUUUUAUAGUUGUUUUUCUUUACGGUGUUGAAUUGUUUCCUACAAAUAUACGUAGUUCUACGUUAGGUGUUUUGUCACUUAUGUCCAGAAUUGGGCAGGUUAUAGGUCCUCAAAUAAAUGCUCUAUCAAAUACUGCAGCGGCGUGUACGUUUGCAAUCUCGGCUCUUAUUGGAGCUCUUAUAACUUUUUUGUUACCUGAGACAAGAGGACUCACACUACCUUCUACCUUAGAAGAAAGUCAUCAUGUUAGAUUUCUCGAUCGAGUUAGCGCCAUUUCGACAAUUGACGACAGGCAACCACCUAACUCAUCGCAGGCAAAACCUAGUAACAUUCAAUAGACAGAGGUCAACAGAAAUUAAUGCAGUAAAUGUAAUUGUUAUCAAAACUGGGAAUUAAUGAUGUAUUUACAAAUUUAAUAUUUAAAUACAGGUAGGGAUUUUUAAGUGGAUUCUUUUAACCAGUAGUCAGGGUGAUCUUAUAAUAAAUAUUGUCUCAUAACCCUGUAUUUUUGAUAUAGCCGGUAAGUCACGAAAUUCGUUCGCAAAACAGUUCAAAUUAAAGUACAAAAACAUUUAUGAACUCAGUUUAUCUCAUGAUAUUCGAAUUUAUUCAUUGCGUCAUAUGAUUUGAUCUUACAUUGUUUUUAAAACAAACGUAACGUCUAAUGACGUCUUGGUAGGAACUCGAAUCUUUUGAGUCUAAAUUUGAACAACACGACUCGUUUUUACAAGGCUCAGCGCUUAAAACUCUUCUGAGUUUUUUAAGUCCUGUCCUUUGUUGAGUAUUUAUUAUUCAAAAACUUGUCAACAAUUUUAUGGAUUUUACCUACCUAAAUAGUAGUAAAACAACAUGC